AUGUCCCUCCCGUCUGAUCCGCAGUAUGAACACAUCCCCACGUCGACCCUCUCGAGCCUCGUCACCAAUGACGUGAGAACCAGCCACGGCGUCCCGGGAGGCCAUGUUACCUACCACUCGCAGAGGUUCGGCAAGAUCGACUUGAGGGUCCCUCCGCACCCGGACAUCGAGGAGGGGAGGAAGCUUUUCGCGCAUUAUCUGUGGCACGCAGCCGUGAUUGCGGCGGAAGGGCUGGAGAGGGCAAGUUCCGACGCAGAAAUUGGAGAGCGGGCACCGCAGGGGCAGAGCGACGGGGACGAAGAAAGAAAGAUGACGGGGAACUGGCCAAAGAGAUAUUGGGAUGUACGAGGGAAGAAGGUUCUUGAGCUGGGCGCCGGGACGGCGUUGCCGUCCAUAAUUGCCGUCCUCUCGGGCUCGCUGUCAGCAACCAUCACAGACCAUCCAUCGUCGCCCGCUCUGACCACGGGCGCCAUCGAGCAAAACGUCCAGAGAAACGUUGUCGAACGACUCAAGUGGCCGGAAGCAGCAGGUGCCAGAGCCUCAACUUCGCCGUUGUGUUCGUCCACAACACUUAUGCCGAACCGGGGGUCACCUGCGGUUGACAUAUUCGGCUACACAUGGGGCAUGGCAAAGAUGUACCUGCCAUCGCAUUACGGCAAAUCGGCCGAGCGACAGCCCAAAGACUUCGACCGAAUCAUUAUCGCAGACUGUCUCUGGAUGCCUGCCCAGCAUGUCAACCUCGUGAAGACGAUACUGCACUAUCUCUGCCAGGAGCCCUCGCAACCAGUGAGUCCUGCCGAAAGUUGCGCGUUGGUGGUUGCCGGCUUUCAUACCGGCCGCGAGAUUGUGCGGCAUUUCUUCGAGGUGGCUACCGGAGAAUUCAACCUCCCGCCGCGACCGCCGUCAACAGAGCUGGGAGAGGAUCAUAAAGACAAGCUUGGGAAGAAGGAUGAGGACGGAGACCCCGAUAGACAAGAGGUCCAAGGCCGUCUGCGCGCCGCAGAGAUCUUUGAGAUCGACGCGAACGGCCUUCGUAGGCCCUGGGAGCCUGUCAGGCCAAAGGAGGAUAACGACCAAGCCAAGAGGUGGUGUGUUGUAGCUGUGCUUGAAAGAAGAUGA